CUCUCUCUCUCUCUCUCGUGUCCUCUCUUCUGGUCUGUCUCAUCCUCCUCUCGCUGUUGAUCCGUCUCUAAAAUGAUCGCAGACGCACAUCAGAUGUUGAGGAUUCAUGUACCUGUAGGCUGGAGCUGAACUCGACGAUGUCAUUUCGAUGUAAAUAGGUUACCUUGGUGGACUGAGACGACACAGAAAUCUAGCUUACCUGACCUUCCCGAAGCUUUAGUUAUUGUUAUAAGCAAAUCGUCAUGGAUCUGUCAUUUAUGGCCGCGCAGAUCCCCGUGAUGACAGGAGCCUUCAUGGACUCAUCGCCUCAUGAUGACUACAGCACAGAUCAUUCUCUCUUCAACUCUUCUGCAAGCGUCCAUGCUGCCGCUCUGGCAGCUCACAACCAACAGGAGGAGCCGCAGCCCAUGUCCCGGGACGCCAUCUGGCUGUGGAUCGCUAUCACCGCCACCAUUGGGAACAUCAUAGUGGUGGGCGUCGUCUACGCCUUCACGUUCUGA